AUGUUUUUAUUUACUAUGGAUUUUUAUAAAAAUGGCUUAAUCUUAGUGCCAUUCCUUUUUAUUAUUUUCAUUGUGGUGAAACGAAAUUUGAUGAAAGAACCAGAACAUGUGAUAAAAAUUGAAUCGGAUGAAUCUUGCAUACCAGAAGUAAUAUACUUUGAAAAUAUGUCUGUUGAGGAUAAAUUAAAAAAACUAGUCAAUGAACUUUAUAAAAUUAAAAAAUGUAUACCACUCGAAGAAACGUUAGAUGGUUUACAUAAAUGUUUAACAGAGAUUCAACAACUAAAACAUAAAAUCAAUAAAACAUAUCAGAUUGAACAAGCAGAACUAAAUAACGCGAUCUUAUGGCUAGAAAAAUCAACAACUACUCGCGGUAAGUAUACACCAAUACCUCGCGACGAACAAAAAAUUGAGAAUCACGAUAUUAACAACAUAAAAGAAGAAAUAAGACGAUUAAUUACAAAUAAAUCGUCCAUAAAUGUAUUAAGAGAUACUGCAGUAAAUUCUGCGGACAUUAAUAACAGUACAGAAGCUGACAAUGGAAGUAACAUGACCGAUAAAGAUAACAUUACAUCCCAAAUCUCAAAUGCGAUUGAAACGGAUAUAAUUAAAAUGCCGAACAUAAAAUUAGAAAACAUAAUAGAGGUCAGGCACAUGUUUAAUCGAUAUUCGCCUGUGAUAAAAAUUUGGUCUCUAAAACUGUUUAAUGAUAUGUUGGAGAUGAUUAAAAUGUGGUACGUGACAUUAAUGGUUAUUCGUUAUUCAAUAUUCAACCAGGACAAUUGGAAAAAUACAAUAAACCCAACAAUAUCCAGACUGCCGAAGAAAUUGAUCUCCAUCCACACUGAAAUUGACAAUAAAGACGGCGUAGCUUCUAUAAAUUUAGAACUAUUUCCGAAAAUACCGGAAACAAUAGUAAAAAGAAAUCUUUUUUAUCGAAUAAUUAAUAAAAUAAAAUCUUAUUUUUAA